GUUUUGGAAGAUGGUUAUCUCCAUUGGUUCAGCUUCUGUGACAGCCUGUCAUGUGCUUGUCGAACACCACCAGGUUGCACAAUGAUACACGAAAUACCUGUAAACUGUUCAGGCACAUGGGAAGCAUGCGGAAAAGAGUGCCGGCGGCAAUGGUAUUCCUGGUUGCAUAUCAAGUGAGCAAGCAUCCUGCAAACUUCAGUGUCCAGAGGGCACCAAACGCACCUAUAUCUUUAGCGCGUGCCAGUUUUUCCGACGUUGUGGCAGCAGCAGGAGAUGUUAUGCGAGACCCAGCAGUCCAAGCUGCAUACGCCGGGCUUGGUACUCUUCAAAAAUUCACAUAUUUGUUCAACUCGUUCAACACUGCUGGCAAUGCUUGGCGAGGCUGGACAGCUUCAGUGAGAGGUGCGACUUUUUACAAGAUUGGUGACAAUAUUCCCGAGCACACAUCAAGCCUCAUUCAGAGUAUGGAGGAAAACAUUCGAGGUGGCAACAACUUCCUAAUAUCAGAUGCCCAAAAAGCUGAAUUGCCAAGUGAACCAGUGAGAUCCACCCAGCUUGAACAGCUCAUGGUCGCGGUGUUGCGCGACAAAAAUCCAGGCAUGUCAGCUGUCUAUGCUGAGGCUGGCACUGGCAAGUCAGUCGCAAUCUUGCUCGCAGUCACUGAAGUCGCUAGAACCAAAACCUCAGAUUUCUUCGUCGUGUUGCAGAAUGGUUUGGAUGAGAGUCUGAAUAAUUUUUUGCGGUUUUCUGCAGUGAGCUCAGCAGCUGACAUCGCCACAUCCUUCUUUAUCGUCUCCGUCUGGUUUUCGACAACGUGUUGGACAGUGGCGUUGGCGGCGACAAAGAGAAGGAUAUACUAAAAGCACUGGCACGAGGGGCGAGUGAGCAUGGACACCAAGUAGUCUUCACCAUGCAGGGGAAGGAAGCUGCAGAGUCCGUCGCGGAACUCAAUGGUGACACAACCUACAUGGCAGAACUACAAGACAAAUCAUAUGGAGCCUACAGAUGGAUUAAACAUGAAACGGUGCAGCUAAUACAGAGAUUGUCGGAUUGACAGCAAGACGCAAAUCAAAUUCUGGCAGACUCUGAAAUUCCUGAUGAGAUCGGACGUUGGAGACCUCGCUCUACGAAGUUGUUCAUCCAAUUUGGUCGAAAGCCGUCCCGGCCACUUCGAAGCAAGCAGGAAACCGUUUGGGUCAGACAGCUUCAAGAGGAC